AUGGUGCCGCGGGCCGCCUUUGUGACGUGGCACCACACCAACCCUGAUGAGCUCGCGCUCCGGGCCUCGACGGCGCAUUUCUAUGUGCCCCAGCGUCCUUCAAAAGAGAUCAACGUGAUCCUCCAUCGUGUGCCGCCUGGCUACACGUGGAUCGCGCAGCCCGCCGACGUUGUGUGGAAUCACACGCUCAAGAACCGCAUCCGCAAGAGGUGGAUCGAGAACCUCCGCACCCAAAUCGCCAAGCACAAGCUGCAUGGGGGCAAGUUUCCCCUCAAGCCCCCCAACCGCACCGAGCUCGCUGCGUGGGUUCAGGAUGCUUGGGACUUGCUCCAGCCAAGCACGAUCAAGAACGGCUUCAAGAAAUGCCACCUUUCUGCGCACGACCCCAGCUUGACGGGAGAAGAGGACGACGCGAUUUCUUGCCUCGAUGCGUCGCUGCUUGAGUCUCUCGUCGCGCUGAACAUUUCCACGGACGUAAACGAGGAGGAAGACUUCCUCAACGGCAUCGAAGACCCUCCUGCGGUUGUCUAG